CCGCGUGCUGUGCGUCAGGGGGCGUGCCUGCGUCCGCUGCGUGAGCGUGCCUCCCGGAGCCCCUACGGAGGCGCUGCAGACCCAAGGGAGGACUGAGGCCAGUCCACCCCCUUCGCAGCUUCUGUGGGGUCCUCAAGAUGAGCCUUCUACUCCGGAACCUCCAGAGCGCCAUUCCCCUGCGGAGGGCCCCCCUUCGGGCCCGAAUUGAGCUCCUGCGGCACAUCCUGGGCAUCCGGCGCUUUGACCUGGGCGUGGUCUGUGUGGACAACCAGGGCAUCCAGCGGCUUAAUAGGAUCUACCGACAAGCACACGGUCCUACUGACGUGCUUUCCUUUCCUUUUCAUGAGGACCUGAGGGCGGGGGCAGUGCCGCAGCCCGAAUGCCCAGAUGACCUCAACUUGGGAGAUAUCUUCCUGGGGGUCGAGUACAUCUUCCAUCAGUGCCAGGAGAAUGGCGAAAACUACUACGACAUUCUGACGGUGACGGCAGCUCACGGGCUUUGCCACUUGCUCGGGUACAAGCACAACACGGCGGCAGAAUGGCGAGAGGUAGGGGAUGGUUUGCCCGCGUCCCACCCUUCCAGGCAUGGUCUGGUGCUGGCCAUAUGGCUCCUUCUCCGGCCAAGGCCUCGUGGCGUGCGUGUGCGUGAGCUCUCACCCUUACCACUGUGGCGAGGGUUAGGCGCUCGGGGUUCAAUGGCUUGCCCAGGGUCCCCCAUCUAGGAAGCAGUGGAGGGCAGAUUUGAACUCGAGACCUCCCGUCCCUAGGCCUGGCACUUCAUCUGCCGUGCCCCUCCCUGCCAGGGCUGUUGUCACCAGUGUUAUCGCUGGCUGCAGUGGGAAUCCGAGGAAAACACUCCCGACAAAAGGGGGAAGAGCCACACGAUGUGUCUCAAAUUCUGGCCGAAGUCGGGGAGAAAGGAGGAACUUCCUUUUUGGCUCCAGGAACAGCCGUGGCCAUCCGUUGGGGCGUCCUGUCGCCCACAGAGGCCCGGUUGGGGGAGAAUGGUUGGAAGCUGUCCCAGAGCUUCAUCCUGAGAAGACGGCGUUCCCUGGGUGAAAGGCCAGCCUGUGGGGGGCGCCAGCAGAGGGGCCGUCAGAGAUGGGCUGCCACUGUGGCGCCUGCCUUCCAGACCCACCAGCCAGAGGGCUGACGUUGUGCCCCCUGACCCAGUGUCUUUGGUCUCCUCCUUAGAUGUUCCAGAAGGAGAAGCUCACUCUGGAAGAGCUCAACAGGGUCGCCGGAACCAGCCUGCAGCCCCUGACCAAGAACCUUUUUGGAUAAGCCCCUCCCAGGUGUGCGUUGCUGCCCCUGCCCCGAAGAAAGCCGCCCAGCCUGGAGCUCCAGCGCGAUGGCCAGAGAGCCCCGACCGGAGACAGGGAUGGCAGGUCUUCCAGCUGGCGCUGAGAGCCGCAGGGAAGGAGGAGAGACGAGGAGGGAAGUCAGCGGGGCAGCAAGGCUCAGCUCGCACCCUGCCGGCCAGGGCCGGCCAUCCAUACUGAAGGGCCCAGAGAGUGGAGAGGCCGGGCCCGCGCUCUCUGGCUACCAGGAAAAGGAGGAGAAUGGGCCAGCCCUGCUGGCGGGGCUCCCAACUGGCUCGCUCCUACAGGCUCGCAAGGCGGCCCAGGAAGUUGGUCAGUCUCCCUGCAGGCCCCGGGGGUGGCCGGCCUAGGCUAGAGAGGUGAGCCCCGGCGCUAAGCCUCUGUCCUCCAAGGAGUUCUCUGACUUCAGAGAAGGCCCCCACCGGGGCGGCGCCCAGGAUUGUCCACCCCUGGCGUGGCCCAUUGGCUGUGGGGACCAGGGAGGGGCCACACUCCAGCCUCCUGGAAAAGACAGCCACCGACUCGGGGAAUCGCCCGGGGCUCAGCCUUGGAGGGAGCCCCCAGAGGUGGACAAGGACCUUUUAGACCUUUCCAGGUGUCUUCUGCUACAGGGAAAGAACACGCGAGAGCCUGAGCGGGGAGGAAUCCUGUUUGAACCCUGCUUGUCAGGCGUCCCCCACACCGCUGACCACAGUCACCAAAGAAAUCCUCACUGGGCCCCGUGGCCUGGGAGGGGCCUUUCCUCAGGUCCUGAAGGUGGUGCGGAGUCGAGGCGGGCGCCCUGGCACCCAGCUUACCGGGCUGGGGAUAAAAGGUCUGAUGUGGAGGCUGCUGAGAAGACUGCUCGUGGCUAAAAGGCGCCGCAGAGGACCCAGAAGCCCGAGGCCAGCAGAGCUCUUCCGGGCCUGCGGGGGUCAGCCCCAUCGUGCCGGGAAGAGAAGGCGCCUGGGAAAUCACUGGAGCCAGAGCGCGCCGUGGCGCAAGCAGCGCUUGUGAGCUUGGCUUUAUUGUUUUGUACCUGGGCCCAGCCUCCCGGCCGCGCUGACACUGGGCAGGAGCAGGGCUGCCUCAGCUACAAACCUGGACAACAAGAGCAGCUGGGGGGGGGGGGGGGGGGGGGCGCGGCGCGAAAGACCUCUCCAAAGCCAUCAGGCUGCUGUUUGUUCUUGGGCCGGGCUGAACUCAGAGUUCUCCCAAGUCCCUCAGGGUCGCCAGGUGGAACUUAUAAACCUCAUCUUCCUU